AUGGAGAAAAAUAUAUCUCCUCGUCUGUCUGAUAUUGUGGUCUCAGCAGCAGAUGCUCAGCUCGUCUCUAAACCACUCAGCCUCAUGCCACAAAAACUCAAAACAACAAUAAAACACCAGGACGUCUCUGCCCACAUCAAAACACUCCUGUGUGUGUGUGACAGCCCGCUGGUGUCCGGUCUGCCGCCAUCGUCCUUCAGGAGCUCGUCUCAGCUGUCCGUCAGCCAUGCACCGGGCUUCGCCAAACUCAACAGAAGAGAAGGAGCUGGAGGUUGGUCCCCCCUCACCUCAGACAGGUAUCAGUGGUUGGAGGUCGACCUCGGGGAGCGGACCAAGAUCACAGCUGUAGCCACACAAGGACGCUACGGCAGCUCUGAUUGGCUGUCGUCCUACCUGCUGAUGUUCAGCGACACUGGACACAACUGGAAACAGUACAGACAGGAGGACAGCAUAGGGUCUUUUCCAGGUAACAGUAAUGCUGACAGCGUGGUGCAGUACAAGCUGCGACAGCCGGCGGUGGCUCGCUUCCUCCGCCUCAUUCCUCUGGACUGGAAUCCCAACGGGCGGAUCGGACUGCGGCUGGAGACCUACGGCUGUCCUUACACCUCAGAUGUGAUGAGUUUGGACGGCAGCAGCGCCGGUCUGGUCUACAGAGGGAGUCCUGAGUCCAGACAGACGUCAACAGAGGUCAUCUCUGUGGAGUUUAAAACCCAGAGGAAUUCUGGGAUGCUGCUCCACGCUGAGGGACAGGAAGGACACGGUCUGAGUCUGGAGUUGGACAGAGGGAAGCUGCUGCUGCUGUUCACACAAGGUGGGGGUUCCUCCUCUGACCCUCAGCGUCUGGCGUCCCUGGGCAGUCUGUUAGACGACCAACACUGGCACCAUGUGAAAAUGGAGCGCCGAGGCUUUCACCUCAACCUGACAGUGGACAAACACACCGAGAGGGUUCAGAUCCCAGCAGAGUUCAGCCAGUGGGACGUCCAACAGCUGAGUGUCGGAGCAGCCCACAGCCUCAGUUCACAUCCUCCAUCCGUCUCCAAGAAGAAUUUUCACGUUUGCCUGGAAAACCUGCUCUUCAGAGGCCUGAACUUGAUCGGAUUGGCUAAAAACAACGAUCAGCAUGUUAGCAUCGUGGGCAAUGUGACCUUUUCUUGUGCUGAGUCGGUUUCCGUUGCCGUGACGUUCCCCGGUCCCCGGAGCUUCCUCCAGUUGCCGGUCGUUACGGCGUCCUCACCGGGGGGCGUGUCCGUCGGAUUCCAGUUCCGAACAUGGAACAAGGCGGGGCUUCUGUUCACCUUUGACCUCCCUCAGCAGGGGGGCGUGGUCUGGUUGUACCUGAGCGACGCCCGGCUGCGGCUGCAGAUCCAUAAGGCCGGCAGAGCGCUGCUGGAGCUCACCGCAGGUUCUGGUCUGAAUGAUGGUCAGUGGCAUUCAGUGGAGCUAACGUCCAGACGAGGCCACCUGACCGUCACAGUGGACAAAGAGGAAGGAGGCACCGCAACCGCCAACCCCACAUUUCCUGUCGCCAUAGACAGUCAGAUAUUCUUUGGUGGGUGUCCUUCUGAAGACGACACUAAGGAGUGCAGAAACCCUUUUAACAUCUUCCAGGGCUGUAUGUCUCAUCUGACUCUAAACAACCUAGACGUGGACCUGAUCAGGGUCCAGAGAAAACAACUGGGAAACUACAGUAACGUCCAGAUCGACAUGUGUGGAAUCAUUGACAGGUGUUCUCCCAGUCGCUGUGAACAUGGUGGACGUUGCAGUCAGUCCUGGACCGUUUUCCACUGCAACUGCUCAGGCAGCGGCUACACCGGAGCGACCUGCCACAGCUCUGUGUAUGAACAGUCGUGCGAGGCGUACAAACACAAUGGUAACACAUCUGGACAUUUCUACGUGGACGUGGAUGGCAGCGGGCCCAUCAAACCCCAGCUGGUCUACUGCAACAUGACAGAGGACAACACGUGGAUGGUGAUCCAGCACAACAACACUGAGACGACCCGAAUCCGAGCGUCUCCGGGGGUGAACCAGUACUCGGUCCACUUCCACUACCCCACGGAGGAGGAGCAGCUGUCGGCCAUCAUCAGCCAAUCAGAGCACUGCCAACAGGAGCUGUCCUACCACUGCAAGAAGUCCCGCCUCCUCAACACUCCAGAGGGUUCUCCGUUCAGCUGGUGGUUCGGCGGUCCCGGUUCCGGUCAUCCUCAGACCUACUGGGGCGGAGCUCAGCCAGGCAGCCAACAGUGUUCCUGUGGUCUCCAUGGCGACUGCGUGGACCCACAACACUACUGCAACUGCGACGCCGACCGCAGCCAGUGGACUGAAGACUCUGGUCUGCUCACCCAUAAGGCGAGCCUCCCUGUCCGCUCCCUGGUUCUGGGGGACGUCCACAGGCCCGGCUCAGAGGCCGCCUACAGGGUGGGGCCCCUCAGCUGUCGUGGAGACAAAAACUUCUGGAACGCUGCCUUUUUCGACAAAGAGACGUCUUACCUGCACUUUCCCACCUUCCACGGAGAGCUGAGUGCAGACAUCUCCUUCAUGUUUAAAACCACAUCUUCCUCUGGAGUGUUUCUGGAAAACCUGGGCAUCAAAGACUUCAUCCGCAUUGAACUGAGCUCCUCCACUCAGGUGCUUUUCUCCUUCGACGUGGGAAACGGUCCUCUGGAGGUUCACGUCAAUUCCAGCGUCCCGCUGAACGACAACAGGUGGCAUCGCGUUCGCGCUGAACGGAACGUCAAAGAGGCGUCGCUGAGGCUGGACCAUUUUCCCGCCGCCACGCAGGAAGCUCCUGCUGACGGACACUUCCACCUGCAGCUCAACAGCCAGCUCUUCAUAGGGGGAACUGCGUCCAGACAGAAGGGCUUCCGGGGCUGCAUUCGCUCUCUGCAGCUGAACGGUGUCACCCUGGACCUGGAGGAGAGGGCCCAGAUCACCCCUGGGGUCCGGCCCGGCUGCCCGGGUCACUGCAGCAGCUACGGGUCGCUGUGUCAGAACCAGGGCCGCUGCGUGGAGAGAGACAACGGGUUCCAGUGCCACUGUGGGCCGUCGGCGUAUACGGGGGUGUUCUGUACCACAGAGGUGUCGGCUAGUUUCAAGGCGGGGACGUCCGUCAGCUACACCUUCAAGGAGCCGUAUGAGCUGAUGAGGAACAACAGCGCCCUCCCAUCCUCCAUCUACUCCGACAUGACCCUGAAAGGAGAGAACGUGUCCCUGAGCUUCAGGACCUUCCAGAGUCCGGCUCUGCUGCUCUACGUCAGCUCCUACUACAGAGAGUACCUGGCUCUGCUCGUCAACAAACACGAUAAGAUGGAGGUGAGAUAUAAGCUGGACAGCAGCGGAGACGCCGAGGUGUUGAAGAGCAGAGUGAGGGGCGUGGCCAACGGACAGCUGCACUCAGUGAGCAUCAGGAGGACGGCCCACGCUGUGUCUGUGCAGAUUGACCAGAACCACAGAGAAGACUUUAACCUGACAUCUGAUGGAGAAUUCAACGCAGUUAAGUCAUUGGUGUUGGGCAAAGUGCAGGAUUCAGAGGAGUUGGAUCCAGACCUGAGCAGACUGGCGUCUCUGGGUUUCACCGGCUGUCUGUCUGUGGUCCACUUCAACUCCAUCAGUCCUCUGAAAGCCGCUCUGCUCCACCCGGACACCAGCCCCGUGGUCAUCUCCGGACCUUUAGUCCAAUCCAACUGUGGCUCAUCUGCUUCAGCCAACCCCUACGCAGCCGUAAACACACACCACCUAUCAGACCAGUCUGGUUCUCUGGGUACAGGCCAACCUUUAGUCAAUGCCAUCAGGACGGACUCCGCUCUGAUUGGAGGUGUCAUCGCUGUGGUCAUUUUUGUGAUCGUCACCGCUCUGGCCGUAACAGCCAGGUUCCUGUACCGCAGAAAAGAGACGUACCGGAACCGAGAAGUGAAGGGGGUCAAACAGGAGGACAGCCAAGACUUCCCCUUCGACACCCAGGCCGACUCGCAGAACGUGUCCGGCGAAAACCCAAAGGAGUAUUUCAUUUAAGCAGGAGGAGUGGGACGUCCUGAUGAGCCGGAGGUGACGAAGCCCAGGGGAAGGGGGCGCUGUCCGGCCUCAUGUCCACUGUCCGGCCUCAUGUCCACUGUCCGGCCACAUGUCCACCCUUUCCACUGCAGUCAGAACCAGGGCAGACUCUGCAGAAACCACUGGGUUCAUGUGGAAGACAAACAAAAGAACAAUACACGGUGUUGUCUGUCUGUCUGUCGCUUUAAUGUAAAUUGUGAAUACUCCUGAUUCCAACGGGGGCAGCAGAAGUUGGACUCAAAAGGGUUGAUUUCUCGUUUCAGUGGCUGUAAAUAUUUAAAAAUGUAAAUGUUGAAUUCAUGUAUUUGUAACGAUCUCUGGCUAAUGUCACUUUGUCGAUCUGCAGUGGUGGAUAUAAUGGAGGUCUGGGUGUGUAGAAGCCAGUAAUGGAAUAACAACCGAUAACGUAGUAACGGCCGAUAACAUAAUGAAUUUGCC